AUGAGUGUGUUCGUCAGACAGAUACAGGUUGCCGUCCGGACCGAAGACAAUGGCGGUGGUCCAUAUGAACUGGCCCGGCGCUUCCCCCCAACCGCAGAACUCGCCAACGUAAUCGCCGUCCAAAGUGCAUCGCGUUACCCGCACCGCUUCAGGCUGGUUGGGAUUGGCGCGACUGGCAACGUGCAGCAAACCAUCGGGACCAAGCGCCACCGCAACCGGACCGCUGAAUCCCGGACCGCCGCCCGACAACAGGCCGAUCACGUCGUGGUACUGGUACAGGCCAGCAACGGACAGCGGGUAUUCGACAACCGUGGUCAUUUCCCAAACCUCGUGCGGUUGCAGAUUCUCAGGACAAUUCGACUGUAA